CUCCUAUACCAGACAUGUCACACAUUCUAGCUGAGAAUCUGACUGCUGAGGCUCUCUUCGGGCUGAAGGGGAAGGUCGUAUUGGUUACGGGAGGAGGCACAGGAAUUGGAUUGAUGAUGGCCAAGGGACUGGCCGUAAAUGGGGCGAAGACCUAUAUUGGAUCGAGAAGAAAGAACGUUAUCGAAAGUGCUGCUGAGUCUCAUGGGAAGGGUUUGGCAGGACGCAUCAUCCCCAUUGAUCUAGAUGUCACUUCAAAGGAGAGUAUCUUGAAUGCUGUGGAAGUGAUCAGGUCAGAAAACGACGGCAGACUCGAUGUCCUCAUUAACAAUGCAGGACAAGUAGGGCCCAAGACCUUAUGGUUCGGGGACCCUUCCGCGCCGCAGCGAAAGGACGCGGAAACGCUUGGAAGGGCGCUUUUUGACCACGAAUCCUUUGAGGACUGGCAGCAGCUAUUCAGCAUCAACCUGGCAUCGAUUUAUUUUGUAACAACCGCUUUCCUCGGUCUGCUAGACAAGGGGUCAAAGGUCGGAGGAGAUUGGAGCGCAAGCGUAGUUAAUAUAACCUCGAUCAGUGGUAGUUACAAGAUGGCUCAGAAUCACUUUGCAUACAACGCCUCAAAAGCAGCGGGGGAUCACCUGAACGUCAUGCUUGCAACAGAGUUCGCAGCGAAAGGCUUGAAAAUCCGAGGCACAUACCGAAGACUAUCAAAAAGGCUUGUUCGGUCUCUUAUGGAGUUAUACAGUGAAUGCUAUCGCGCCGGGCUUAUUCGCGACGGAAAUGACAGGCGGUGAAGGCCAGGUGUUUGGGCCCGAACAGACCCAGAAAGUAUCAGGUUCGACAGUUCCGGUGCCGUCUGGAAGAACUGGAAU